UGUGAGAGAGAGAGACAGUGAGAGAGAGAGAAACCUCUUACAGCUGUGGCAUCAGUAAUUUUCAUGGUAAAUUGGAGGGAAAGGUUGAACAGGAAAUUGAAUCGUCCCUAAGAAGGAGUGACAAAACCUCAGAGUCUCUAUCUCUCUCUCCUUCUCUUGCUCUCCCCGUGCUCACCCUUUCCUCUUACUUCCCAUCUACUUACUGUAAAACAAGGCCACUUUUUGUUCGCCGCCUCAUCAGUCUCACAUGCUUCAGAGAAGGAGGGAUAGGAUAGGUGGAAGAGGGAGAGCAAGAAAGAGAGAGGAAAAAAAACACAACAGAAACUUGGGGAAGGAGAAUCAUAGACGGCACAGCCCCUCAGCAGCCACAGGACACUCCUCGUGUCCAACAGCUCUCCGCUGACGACCUCAUGGUGACGGCGACAUCAACAAACUCCCAGGUUGCUCACUGGAUCCUCCGCGGCGUAGAAGCGUGACUCCAGAGCAGCAGGGAAUCGCAGCUCUGACCCUGAGCGUUUACUCGAGGACAACACAGUGGAUACAACAAGGCGACUGCUCACUGACGCUCGUCCAAACAUCCGUCCAGCAGCAGCAGUGGUCCACACAGCCUCUGGCAGCCAUGGAGAAUGGGAAAGCAGAUGAUGGGGAUGAUGGCCUUGUGGAUGAAACUGACCUGCACCUUGCUCAGAUGCACGCUCUUUGGGCUGAUCUGAAGUCAGGGCUCGGAGACGUGGUGCGAGACGUGUCUGUCUUACAGCAAGGAGGACGGCAAAUGGAAGACAGAGUGUCAUCUCAUCACCGGGACAACAAUGAAAAGAUUCUAUCUAUCAGAAACACAAUAAACACCAUUCAGGAGGACCUGGGUGGAGUGUUGGCACAGAUCUCUCAGCUGAGCUACAAACAGAAAGAACUACAGCGAGACCUGGAGCUACUGCAGACCUACAACUUCCAACACAGGAAAGGCUCUAGAGGGGAUGGGUCAUUGGACGGACACGCCUCUCUGUCCAGCCAGACGGAACUCAGUCUCAUUCAACACUACAUCACCAGCCUUCCAACCAAUCAGAUCUCAAACUCAGAGCCAGAAGGGGUUCCACAGACCCAAAGGAGUAAUUCCAAGUCUCCAGUGUGGCGAGAGAGGAAAGAGAGCAAGGACCUGACAGAGCAGAGUAACCAGGACCUCAGUAAGAGGCAGACUGCUGCUCUGGAGCUGCUGGAGUCAGAGCGAGUCUACGUCUCUUAUCUUUCCCUUCUCCUAAAGGCCAACAUCACUUUCAAUGGGUCCGAAAAUGCCAGCCACAAAGACAAACGGCCCUUUCCCUCGUCUUUGAGGUUCCUGAUCCAGCAGCACCUGGAGCUGCUACAUGUGCUACAGGAGAGGGUCCUCAAGAGUCAGUGGCAGGGCAUCAUGGGAGAUGUAUUUCUUCGGCUCACCAGCAAAGAGAGUGAUUUCCUGGAGCACUAUGUGUCCUACCUGAAGGAGCUUCCAGAGUGUGUGUCUGUGGGUGACAUCAUAGGAGAUGACACACGCCCAUCCCUCCACAACUUGCUUCUCCAGCCUGUGCAACGCAUCCCAGAGUACCUUGCACUCCUACAGAGCCUGCUGCGACAGACAGAGUCGGAGCACCCGGACUAUUACCUUCUGCUGGUGUGUGUGCAGCACCUGCGCACCUUCACCACGCAGUACAACCACCUGCUGCAGCACAACCAGGAGCUGAUCACACACCCUCAUGCACACACACACGCACACACGCCGCGCACACACCAGCACCCGCACGAGCGACUCAUACAGACACGCAAGGAGCUCAGCAGGUCAUCAGUGAAACAGCUCUACAAAAUGGGCGACUAUGAACCUGCAGUUAACUACUGUUCCCCCAGUGCUUUACUUGAGCCCAGCAGCCGAUUCCGCAGUAAAGCAGCCGCUGUCAACGUGAAGCUCUACCAGGACUGGGAGGCCGAGCCGCACCGCUACGAACCCGAUGUCCCGUCGCCCGUCUCCUUCCUGCCAGAUGCUGACGGGCGCCUCAAGUCGCCCAUGUCGCCCCUGCGGAGCAUCCCAGAGGCCGAGGGGGCCGGCUCGGCACUGGCCUCUGCUCUGGGCGCCUUCCUGCCUUACGAGGGCCUGGGUGGUGGGGGCGACUCGUCCGCGUGUGAGCGCUGCCCGUCCAGCCCGUCCGCUUCCUCCGACUCCAGCAUCGAUAUCGCCUUUGUGCGCUGCAGCCCGGCACCCAGCCCCGGUAACCCAUCGCACGCCGCCGCCGCCGCCGCCAGCAGGCGGAGCAACGAAGGCAGGGCGUACAGGGCGGGCCGCGGCUGUGUGUCUCCCGACUCGGUGGGGCUGAUGAGGCCUCGACCCCUGCAGGCCGUCCAGAGGAAGAGCAAGUCGCUCAACGGCCUGCAGCUGGACAGCAUCGACAGCCCGGCCCACUCGGGCCGCAGUGGCGUCCACCCACGACUGGAGCGCCAGUCCAGCGCCAAGGGCCGCCUGAGGCACCAUGACACACACGCACACACGCACACUGACACGGAGGACCAGACGCACGUGAUGCACACCAAGGACUCUGUAAGCCCACCGUGGGGGGAGGAACUAAAGUGGAGGGGUGUGACAGAAGAGAACCAUCACACGCCGCUGAGUGAGCGAAGCAGGAAGCAGGAGGGAGGAAAGGGCUUUAGGAGCUCCUUCAAGAAACUCUUCAAGAAGAAGUCAAGUGGUGAGAGCAAGGACAAGGAGAAGGACAAAGAGAAGUCUGAAGGUCAGAGCUGUAUUGACCUGGAGUCAACAAGGUCAUCACGAGGAAAUCGUCUGGGAGAGAUUGACCGUGGUACAGCCGUGUGAAAGAGAGCCAAAAGGACAUCUACAUCUAAUGCAGCACAAUUACAAAUAUCAAAGACUUUUCAACAGAGCAUUUCCCAAAAUAGAAAAAAACAAGAAAAUACUUAUUUUUCUAUGAGGCCAUAUGAAGUUUCAACUGUAGCUGAUUCAGUACUUUGAUUCAACCCAUUAUUAGCACUGUCAUGCUGUAGAAAGGUUGCAGUUGUUUUAUUAUGUAGACAGAUGAAAUAGGACUUCCACCUACACAGCUACAUUCUGCCACCUGCUGGACUGUAAAUGCCACUACAACAAACAUACGCACCUGCACAAAAAUAAUGUAAUCAAUGUAAUGUGCAUUACAGAGAACAGAUAAUUUCACUCAGUGGUAUCUGCACACAGCUGUGCUAGCAAUGCAUAUUAGAAAGAAAUGUGGCUUUUAUUAUUGAAGAGAACACUAGCAAACUUGCGGUUACAGAUUCAGGUUGGCUCCUUCAAGUGCAUACUGUAGUCCUCAUGUCAACCUCACAUACAGACUUGUCUCAUAAUAUUCUAUAGAAUACUUUGCUUUCUGAUUUAUAUACAUAGCAAGAGAGAGGUUCAUUUGUGUACUUUGUAUAAGUAACCUAAUGAACCAUCAGAUUAUAAAGGUCUACAACA